UAACAUAGUGGACAUGACUGAUCAAGCAGCAGUUGCGUAUGAAUAAAAUCUCGUGCAGGUUUGUUGAUAAAAAUGUGUUAAUCAGUCAAUAUAUACACACUAUAUAAGACACCGAGGAGUACUUGGACAUCAUGGGGAAGAAAGAUAAGAGUGAUCGAGAGAGGAAGUCCAAAAAACGAUAUUACAAUGAGGAUGAGGAUGAUGAUGAGAUGAUGGGCAGUGAUUCGCAGGAGGCCAUACCUGCAGCAGCUGGGAAACAGGUGGAUGAAUCCACAACUAAACUUGAUGAAUAUGGAGCCAAAGACUACAGAUUACAGAUGCUACUGAAGAAUGACCACUCGUCACGGCCACUAUGGGUGGCUCCUGAUGGCCACAUCUUUCUGGAAGCUUUCUCUCCUGUAUAUAAAUACGCUCAGGAUUUCCUGGUUGCCAUAGCGGAACCAGUGUGCAGACCCAUACACGUGCACGAGUACAAGCUGACGGCGUAUUCCCUGUAUGCGGCCGUGAGCGUCGGCCUGCAGACCUCUGACAUCAUCGAGUAUCUGCAGAAACUCAGCAAGACGUCUGUGCCAGAUGGCAUCGUGCAGUUUAUUAAGUUGUGCACAGUAAGCUACGGUAAAGUCAAGUUGGUCCUGAAACACAACAGGUACUUCGUAGAAAGUGCAUUUCCAGAUGUCAUUCAGAGGUUGCUGCAGGACUCUGUGAUUCGAGACUGUCGUCUUCGUUCCGCUGGUGGCGAAGAAACCGCUCUCAUCACUGAGGUCAUCUCCAGCAAAUCAGCAAUCACAAAGUUUCAGCAGGGAAUUGGUGUUCCGUCCACCUCUCAGCCUGCGGAUGGGCAGCGCUCGGAAACCCAAGUGCCGGAAGACAUCUACAGUUACUAUGAACAGCUGGAUAAAGAAGAAGAAGAAGAGGAAGAGACGCAGACAGUAUCGUUUGAGAUUCGUCAGGAGAUGAUUGAGGAACUUCAAAAGCGCUGCAUUCAGCUGGAGUAUCCUCUCCUGGCAGAGUACGACUUCCGAAAUGACACGGUGAACCCUGACAUCAACAUGGACCUGAAGCCCACUGCAGUCCUGAGACCCUAUCAGGAGAAAAGUCUGAGGAAGAUGUUUGGGAACGGCAGAGCUCGAUCCGGAGUCAUUGUGCUGCCUUGCGGUGCUGGUAAAUCUUUAGUGGGCGUCACUGCGGCGUGCACGGUCCGUAAGCGUUGCCUGGUCCUGGGGAACUCCUCUGUGUCAGUGGAACAGUGGAAAGCUCAGUUUAAGAUGUGGUCCACCAUCGACGACUCGCAGAUAUGUCGCUUCACUUCAGAUGCAAAGGACAAGCCCAUCGGCUGCUCAGUGGCUAUCAGCACAUAUUCUAUGCUGGGUCACACCACCAAACGCUCGUGGGAGGCCGAACGGGUCAUGGAGUGGAUGAAAAGUCAGGAGUGGGGUCUCAUCAUACUGGAUGAGGUGCACACCAUUCCAGCAAAGAUGUUUCGUCGCGUGUUAACUAUAGUCCAGGCUCACUGUAAACUGGGUUUGACCGCAACACUGGUAAGAGAAGAUGAUAAGAUUGUUGAUCUGAACUUCCUUAUCGGGCCGAAGCUGUACGAGGCAAACUGGAUGGAGUUACAGAAUAACGGCUACAUCGCUAAAGUCCAAUGUGCUGAGGUCUGGUGUCCCAUGUCUCCCGAGUUUUAUCGUGAAUAUGUGGCCAUAAAGUCAAAGAAGAGGAUUCUGUUGUACACCAUGAACCCCAACAAGUUUCGUGCGUGUCAGUUUCUCAUCCGCUUCCACGAGAGAAGAAACGACAAAAUCAUCGUUUUUGCAGACAACGUCUUCGCACUGAAAGAAUACGCCAUCCGCUUGAACAAACCGUAUAUUUAUGGACCUACAUCCCAAGGAGAACGCAUGCAGAUUCUUCAGAACUUUAAACACAAUCCCAAAAUCAACACCAUCUUCAUCUCAAAGGUAGGAGACACUUCGUUCGACCUUCCCGAGGCAAACGUCCUGAUUCAGAUCUCCUCUCAUGGUGGCUCUCGCCGCCAGGAAGCUCAAAGACUGGGAAGAGUGUUACGAGCCAAGAAAGGUAUGGUCGCGGAGGAAUACAACGCUUACUUCUACUCGCUUGUUUCUCAGGACACCCAAGAAAUGGCUUAUUCCACGAAGAGACAGCGCUUUUUGGUGGACCAGGGAUAUAGUUUUAAGGUGAUCACAAAGUUGGCUGGGAUGGAAGAAGAAGACCUGAUGUUCUCUUCUCGUGAGGAACAGUACCAGCUCCUCCAGAAGGUUCUGGCAGCGUCUGAUCUUGAUGCAGAAGAGGAGGUGGUGAUAGGAGAAAUUGGAGGCAAACCACAGUUUUCUCGUCGUAUGGGAACCAUGAGCUCCAUGUCUGGAGCAGAUGAUGCGGUCUACAUGGAAUACCAUACGUCCAGAGGUAGCAGAGGUUCAGCCAACAAAAACGUCCAUCCUCUGUUUAAACGCUUCCGCAAGUGAAGUUCGCCAUUUGCGUGAGGACUCUACAGACCUUUGGGUGUCAACAUAGGCAGAGACGGACACACCAGUCUUCCUGGACAACAUAAUACUAAAUUAAUUCAUUAAAAAGACUUAACUGGUACCUGAAAUGAUCCAGAAAAAAAAUAUGAUUUUAUGAUGUACAAUAUUACAAACAAGAUGUUUGUAUAGGAAAGUAUCGUUUUUGUUUGUUAAUAAAUUUGUUUGUGAUAAUUAAUAUAAAUGCAAACUUGAA